AUGAAGAUUACACCACAUAUAAUAUUUACCAGUGAGUAUAUAACGUUAUACAGUUCAUCACUGGCGGUGCAGCUGAAUUACUUAGCACCUACUAAUGGAUUUAACGGCAACGGAGGCAGUGGUAAUGGUGCAUACAGCAACGGUAAUGGGAAUGGCAAUGGUAGAUACGGAAAUGGUAAUGGUGCCUACACUAAUGGAAUCGGUAACGGUGCUUACGCAAAUGUGAUCGGAAAUGGAGGUUUUUCUAAUGGUAUAAAUGAAAAUGGGGUAGUCGCUAAUGGAUAUACAAAUGGUAAUGGAAUCAUAAACGGAAAUGGUGGAUAUUCCAAUGGAAAUGGCAACGGGUAUAUCAAUGGUGGAAUUAAUGGAAAUGGCAAUGGCAUAAUUAAUGGUAAUGGUUAUGCAAAUGGUGGAUACACCAAUGGAGUGAUUAACGGGAACGGGUUUUAUAAUGGACUGGAGGAUCCCAUCACCGCCCUGGCUACUACUGUAAGAGGUGAACCCGGCGUGGACUAUCCCAUCCUGGCUUCCGUACCCGACACAGGAUUCACCUGCAGUGGACAGAUCCCUGGAUACUACGCUGAUAUUGCCCUCGAGACCGGCUGUCAGGUGUUUCACAUCUGUCAGGCAGAUGGCAGGAGCGACUCUUUCCUGUGUCCCAACGGUACCAUCUUCAACCAGCAGUACUUCGUGUGUGACUGGUGGUACAACUUCGACUGUUCCACCGCCCAGCAGUUCUAUGGUCUCAAUGCUCUGAUCGGAGUCGUGAAUGGUAAUGGAUACUCCAACGGCGUCGUUAAUGGUAAUGUUAAUGGUAAUGGAAUUUAUGCCAACAGAGUAAACGGAAAUGGUGCACUUAAUGGAAAUGGAGUGGUUAAUGGUAAUGGAAACGGCUACAAAAAUGGCAACGGAAAUGGUGUAGUUAACGGCAACGGUAAUGGAAAUGGGUAUAGAAAUGGCAACGGUAAUGGUGUGGUUAACGGUAAUGGAAACGGGUAUAAAAAUGGUAAUGGAAAUGGUUUAGUUAAUGGUAAUGGAAAUGGGUAUAGAAAUGGCAACGGUAAUGGAUACAGCUAUAAAAAUGGUAAUGGAAAUGGCUUACUUAAUGGUAAUGGGAAUGGAAACGGCUACGGAAAUGGGGUGGUUAAUGGUAAUGGAAACGGCUAUAGAAACGGGAACGGUAACGGAAAUGGGGUGGUUAACGGAAAUGGAAACGGCUAUCGAAAUGGGAACGGUAACGGUGUCGUUAACGGUAAUGGAAACGGCUAUAGAAAUGGCAACGGUAAUGGAAAUGGCUAUAGAUAUGGCAUCGGAAAUGGUGCAAUUAACGGUAAUGGAAACGGUUAUAAAAAUGGCAAUGGAAAUGGUGUAAUUAAUGGAAACGGCAAUGGAAAUGGUGUGAUCAACGGUAACGGAAACGGUUAUAGGAAUGGUAACGGAAAUGGUGUGGUCAACGGUAAUGGAAACGGCUAUAGAAAUGGCAACGGUAAUGGUUUGGUUAACGGUAAUGGAAACGGCUAUAGAAAUGGCAACGGAAAUGGUGUGGUCAACGGUAAUGGAAACGGCUUUAAAAAUGGCAACGGAAAUGGUGUGGUCAACGGUAAUGGAAACGGCUAUAGAAAUGGCAACGGAAAUGGUGUGGUCAACGGUAAUGGAAACGGCUAUAUAAAUGGCAACGGUAAUGGCAAUGGAAAUGGCAUUAACGGGUAUGUCAUACCUGAACCUUCUUCACCCUCCGGCCUUUACCAGGCUCCCAGCUUCUAAGAACUACCAGUCUCCCAGCUUCUAAGAACUACCAGUCUCCCAGCUUCUAAAUCUACCAGUCUCCCAGCUUCCUAGAUCUACCAGUCUCCCAGCUUCCUAGAUCUACCAGUCUCCCAGCUUCCUGGAUCUACCAGUCUCCCAGCUUCCUAGAUCUAUCAGUCUCCCAGCUUCCUAGAUCUACCAGUCUCCCAGCUUCCUAGAUCUACCAGUC